AUGGCACCUCUGCAAAGCUGGCUAGACAUUGAUCCGAAGUCAGACUUCUCGCUGUACAACAUACCAUUUGGUAUCGUAUCUACAGCAGCCGAUCAGGAAAUACACACAGCUAUAGCGAUUGGUGACCAUGUAUUGGACCUGCACGUCUUCGCACAAGGCAAUGGCUUCUCUGCACUGUCAAUCAUACAGCCACACCAAGCAGUAUUCUCCCAGUCCACGCUCAACGACUUUGCUGCUCUUGGAAGACCUAUGCAUCGCGUAGUGCGCGAGUACCUACAGAGCGUACUCCUCAAAGACGGACCAUUCCCAGACGUGCUGGAGACCAACAAGGAUCUUCGGACAGCGGCGUUAAUACCGCACCGACAAUGUCAGAUGCACCUCCCAAUGCGUAUUGGCGACUACACGGACUUCUACGCUGGUCUUCACCACGCAUAUAACGUUGGCGUCUUGUCCCGUGGACCCGAGAACGCUUUACAGCCGAACUACAAGCACCUCCCAGUAGGCUAUCAUGGUAGAGCAUCGUCGAUUGUGGUCUCUGGCACCCCUAUCAGACGUCCUAAUGGUCAGAUCUUGAGUGAUCCGAAGACUAAAGAGCCUUUGCUAGCACCAUGCCGUAAGCUCGAUAUGGAACUUGAGCUUGGCUGUUUCUUGUGUAAGCCUACCGCACUGAGUCAGCCUAUCUGCAUCCAGGACGCUCAAGAUAAUCUGUUCGGUGUUGUGCUUUUGAACGACUGGUCGGCCAGAGAUAUCCAAGCUUGGGAGUAUGUUCCGCUUGGGCCUUUCAACAGCAAGAACUUUGGCACUACCAUCUCACCAUGGAUAGUCCUUAUGGAUGCAUUGGAGCCGUUUGCGACGGUCGGCAUACAGAACGAUGUGAAGCCACUUCCGUACCUCGACGAGAGGGGCAGAAAGUCACAUUUCGAGAUCGAUCUUUCCGUAAUACUCACAACGUCUGCCGGAAAAAGCUCAAAGAUCUGCACUACAAGUGCUAGAAACCUGCUGUUCUCAUUUCCUCAGAUGCUAGCACAUCAUACCGUAGGUGGGUGCCCGUUCAACAUCGGGGAUCUCCUUGGCUCUGGCACGAUCAGCGGCGAGGACAUGUCGGCUAAAGGCUGCUUGCUAGAGCAGAGUGAGAAUGGGAAGAUAAGCAUUAAGCUUGAGGAUGGCGAGGAGAGGACGUUCCUGAACGAUGGGGAUACUAUCACCAUCAAAGGUGUAUGUGGUGAUCAGAUUGGUGCUUUAGUUGGCUUUGGCGACUGUGCUGGUAGAAUAGAUCCUGCGCUCGAGUUGGAAUACGAUUGA